AUGGACAGCUUUCGAUUCGGAGCCGCUGACUACACGGUUUUCCUGGGCAUGACCAUAGUGUCCAUCGCCACAGGACUUUACUUCGGGUGGAUAAGAAAAGGCAAAAAGAAUGAAGAGAUCACCACGCCUACUGAAGUUUCUUGCGAAGAAUCCGUGGCGAACUUCGGAUCGGAAAAGAUGGACGAGUAUCUCAUGGGUUCGCGCAAUCUGAAGGUGUUUCCGGUAGGAAUGAGUUUGAUAGCCAGUUAUAUCUCGGGCGUUGCAAUACUGGGAGUACCUUCGGAGAUGUAUUAUUAUGGAACGCAGUACAGCUUUGUUGUCAUAACGAUUGUCCUCCAAGGACUGGCCGUUUCUUAUGUUUAUUUGCCUGUCUUCUCGGGCCUUCGAGUGCGCUCAUCAUAUGAGUACCUGGGAAUGCGUUUUCACUCGUCUGUACAAAGCGUUACCUCUAUAAUGUUCAUCAUUGAAGCGAUACUAUAUAUGCCAUUUCUAUUCUUUGUUCCAGCCCUAGCACUAAAUCAGGCUUCCGGCAUUAAUAUUUACCUAAUAGAAGGGCUAAUUAUUGUGGUGUGCCUUGUCUAUACGCUGUUGGGCGGCCUAAAGGCAGUGGUCCACACCGACAUCUGGCAAGUGCUGAUCAUGUUCCUAUCCGUUCUGGUUGUGGCUGUACUCGGGACCUGUUAUAUAACCGACAUAGAUGAGCUAUUUGUUAAAUUGGAGGAAGGAGGACGACUGACGUUCGGAAACAUUGAUCCUUCGCCCUAUGUGCGCAACACAGUCUGGACUGCCCUGAUCGGUGGCACCUUCUACUGGACCUCAAUUAAUGCGGUGCAACAAUCGAUAGUCCAUCGGUAUAUGUCCAUGCCCUCUCUGAAAAUGGACCGCCAGUCCAUUGCCUUCUUUGUCGUUGGCGCUGUUAUAUUUUACUCCCUUCUGUGCCUCUUGGGCAUGCUUAUCUUUCUUGUGUACAAGGACUGUGAUCCAUUGAGCGCAGGAUCCAUAAAGAAUAACGAUCAGCUUGUGCCGCUCUUUGUGGUGCAGAUUGUGGGCCACAUCUAUGGCAUCCCGGGCCUUUUUAUAGCCGGCAUCUUUGGCGCCGGCCUAAGCUCCCUGUCUGUGACCCUCAACUCUACGUCCCUGGUGAUCCUUCAGGACAUAGUCCGUGGCUGUUUCAAAAGGCAGCCGGGCGAAAGGGCAUCCGCCAUCAUUGUUAAGUCCAGCAUUAUUAUAAUGGGCCUCGUAGCCAUUGGUUCGAUGUUCAUCGUGGACAAGGUGAGUGGCAUCCUGAGUAUCUGCAAUUCGCUGGUGGCCGUUGCAACUAGUGCCUCCUUUGGCAUAUUCAGCCUGGCCAUGCUGGUUCCCUGGGCAAACACCGCUGGCGCCCUAGUCGGUGGAGUGUGCGGUUUCCUCCUGACCGGAUGGAUAACGUUCGGAUCGCAAAUAGCUGUGGCAUCGGGGAAACUGAGUCUCCAUAAGCUGCCGGUGUCCGUUGAAGGUUGUGCGGGCAAUGUGACUCUUCCAGAGGAUGUUUGGCUGGACGAGGAGGAAGUGUUUCCCCUGUAUCGCCUGUCAUUCCACUGGCUGAGCCCCAUAGGAGUCCUCACAGUCAUCAUUGUGGGCUCUCUGGUCUCCCUAAUAACCAAGCCCACAGAUAUCAAGUCUCUUGAUUCCAGGCUGUUAUCUCCAGUUAUCCAUAGAUUCCUUCCAAAAGAAUGCUUCAAGCACCAUGAGAAGGCAGCCAAGGAUAUUUCUAGUAUCACUUAAGUUAAAUCAUGGAGUUAGAAAUUGUAAUAACAUUCUGCUUAGAAAAAAAUAUAUAUUUGUUAACAGCACGUUGAAAAAUUCUGCUACCAUGAUAUAUGAACUAUUUUCGAUUUCGGACACAUUAA